AUGCAGGUCCAGUCACCCCAGCCCUUGUCCAGGCUGUCGGCGGACAUUCCCCUCUUGGAAGGUACUCCGGUCGAUGGAUCGCCACAACAUCGAGACGUCCUCCACGAGCGUUACGCUGCGCAGUCUCACAACACUCAUAGCAGUACAGCCUCGCCACAAGUGGGACAAAGAAGCAGUCUCAGCCCCAGCGACAGCUCUCACGCACAGCGGAGCGUCGCCACAGGAAACUAUUACACGGGCAAUGUACACGCACAACACAUCGGAUUGGCAGGCUUCGGCGUCGAGAGGUCGGAGAAGCAGAUCAGAUGCGAACUCGGGCGACUAUACAAGCUACUUCAGCGGUCAGAGAAGUACCAGACAUAUCGCGAAAAGCAACCAGCUCUCACACCGGCCGAAGUGGUCGCGAGAGACGCUGCAGAGAAAAAGGAGCAGGAAAAGAGAAAGGCACAGGGACUACAGCAAGAGAAGGACAAGACCGUCUGGCCUGACUUCUUAGAACAAGCCUUCUGGACAGCACUCGUACGAUGGCCACCAAUGGGAAGGAAGAAAUACAUGCUCGAAGGCACCCAGCGAGGGCGGAAUGAGCUGAUCCAGGAUUCUAUUUACAGAGACACUGGUAUCAGACGCGACCGCAAACAGGUUUCCAGCCAUCUCCAGGUCCUCAAGGACAAGCUCAGAGGAGUUCCUGCUGUUCUACUCUACAUGGCCACACCAGAGGACGUCUCUAAGCGCCGAUCUACGAAUACAUCCGCCCGGUCAUCCUAUUCGUCACAGCUGCAUGGCCGCCAACAUGUGCAGCGCACAGAGUCUGUUACCAAAUCCGAUUCCAGUACCUCCUCGCCGCACGUUCUGCCGCAUUGUAGCGGCCCACAAUCCGACCUCGCCCUGGCUUCCGGCCCAGAUUCUGAUGCGCUGUCUUCUUCAUUCGCAGUCACGGGCUUCAAGAUCCUCCUUGGGGGUGAUCAUCAGCCCAUGCACUGUUUGGCUCAAUCACAAUCGCAUGGCAGGCUCGAUAGCUCGGAUGUUGUAGAUCUUGCCUCUUGGCGCCAUCAAUACCGCGAGUUUGACUUCCUCCGAUUUGAGACCGAGGAAUGGAUGGAGAACGGUCGGAAAGUGUUGGUCGGUACCGCAUCUACUGCCUUGAUGACAGAGGUGCCGCCAGAUGCCGACCUAACCAUCAUCUUCGAUCUUCAAUCGCAUUCCGAUUUGUUAAGAUACGACUAUGUGGAAUGCAUGACGCGAUUUUACAACAGCGGCGACAACGUAAUCGACCCGCAAUUUGACCGCGCGAGGCAUGACCGGGAAGAAACGCGAUCCACUUGCGAAUAUCGGCGAGACCCCCAAGGCUCUCAAGGUGUCCUGUGCGUGCAAUUUACAACGCAGCCAUGGGCGAGGCAUGUGAGGGAGAACCAGAACCUGACGCACAGAAGCGAGGAAAUCCACCUCGACACCUCGGUGGCCACCACUACUACUGAGUUCCCUGGCGAAAGCUUUGCACUAUCACGUACUUCAGGCAUGGCAUCGCCGAACACACAAGGCAAUGACUUCAACUUCAACGGCGGGCACGUGGGUAUCAGAGGCAACUUCGAAUCUGGCAACCCCCAGGUAUAUGGAGGCUUCCUUAGCCAAAGCACUGGACAUGAGGGAUUGCAUACGCUCGCUGGACUGGAGCACGAUGAGCUCGCAACCAUGGGGCUUGCUGUCGGCGAACAUGGACAGCUGAUUCCAGUGGAUGCAAACAACGAUCUGCACUAUUCCAACAAUGCAGCUUGCUAUUCGGCCAAACCCAACUGGCAGCACGCACGUCUCGUUUCGCACCUCGAUAAUGCAGCAGAACAGUACCGUCCUUACCUCGGCCACGAUGGCCAUGCUCAGGUAGCACCAAAUCAAGGCGCUGUCCAUGGCCAUGACCCAUAUCAGCAAGUCGGUCAAAGACAGGAUUCAGUGGCGGGUAUCUUCCCCAGCGCGAAUCACACCUUUUGGGGUUUGCACGGGCUCCAAAGCCCAUUCCAAGACGACAUGGGUAGUAGUGUCGUUCAUGGGACAGGACACUUGGAAGAGCAAACACACGGUCCAGACUACGGUGUGCCGGGUCUAGUUGAGAGAGACCAAACAGGAAGAGGUUAUUAG